CUAUUCUGUUAACCCCUGACCUGCCAUUGCCCGCAGAAUGCCCAGAUCCGUCAGGAUUUUCUUGAUUUUCGGCACGGGAUUUCUAGCCGUUUGUAGCAUCUUAGGCGUGAGAUAGUUCCUUAAACUGGACACAGAGAAUCUUAAAGACAUGGCGGACGUAUCUGCGGGAACCUCGAGACAGAAAACCACACAAGACUCGGAACAAACGUCGAAUAUUUUCCAAGGCGGGCAAAACAAAGACGAUGUUUCGACGACUCAGAAACGGCCGUCUUCUGAAGAAACUGUAGCCGGGACGUCUUCCAGUUCGUCUGAGAAGACAGAAGGAGAACCUUCGGCAAAGAAACUAGCGCUAGAACGGGUGGGGAGCGUCGAGGAAGGAGAGACAAGAAAGACAAAGAUGGAACAACUGGAAGAGGAGAGACAGAAAAUGCAGGUCCUUGUUGCAUCCUUCUCAGAAGAACAACUGAACCGCUACGAGAUGUUCAGAAGAUCAGCGUUUCCCAAGGCUUCUAUCAAGAGGAUCAUGCAGCAGAUGACAGGUACCAGUGUGUCCCAGAAUGUGGUCAUCGCCAUGGCUGGCAUCUCCAAGGUGUUUGUAGGAGAGGUUGUAGAAGAAGCCCUGGAUGUGAUGGAGAAGUCAGGUGAUUCAGGACCGCUCCAGCCCAAACACAUCCGAGAAGCCGUCAGGAGACUCAGACUUAAGGACCAAGUACCUUCCACAAAGUUUAAGAAAACGCUGUUCCGUUGAUCUUAAGAAGAUAGUUCUUCUUUCAGUUGUUUAAUCUUGCUUUUACACGAAAGUUUCAGUUUAAUGUAUUAUAAAUGUAUAUAAAUAUGAAAUACAAUAUGGUGUAUUCUUAUCAUGCAAGAUAACAGAUAACAACUGUGAGUAGGAUCACACAUAGGCCAGAGGGUUAUCGUACCCAUAGGAGGGCUGGGACCAAGGGUGAUGUGGAAUACACCGUGUUGUAUCUUAUUUAUGUCUUAUCCAUCCGAGAAAACAGAUGUUUCAAUGAGAAAUGUGCCAGAAGUUGUGAAAAUUUUGUGUCCUCAAAUAAAAGUUGUAACAACAGCAAUUCCAACGUCCAUAUCCAGUAUUGGAAUUGUGCCCUCAAAGUGCGUUGAAAUUAUUCUUUGGGAGCCUGUGUGAUAACAGUAGAACCCCGAGUGAUAACCCAAGUUAUCACCCAGUCCAGAACACUCAUAUGAAAUGUUAUCACGGCCUAGGUAUGACAUAAAUGAGAUUAUGUAUAAUUGUGGCAAGCUCUGUCUAACAAGACUUUUAAAAAAAAGUUUGGAUAAUUGUGUUUUUUGGGGGUCAAAGUCUUUUGUUGAAACACUUUUAUCAUAAAAGAUUGUAUGGAAGGUUCCUCUUUUCAAGUUUUAAGAUGAACACAUUUUGAAAUUGGUAAGGUAUGGAUAAUAAAGAAUCUUUUGUUAUCUUUUUCAGGAGAGAAAUGACUGGUUCCUCUUCUAACUGGUAGGUAGUGCUGCAGUGAGAAGAAUAUGGUCCCAAAUGUGACUAAGUUUGUAUCCCCCCUCAUCAUGGUUGAUGAAUGGAGUAGAUAAGUCACAUGUUGGGUUGCAGUCUUUUCACUAUAGCGCCACCUAUCAGUUGGAAGUAGAACUUGUCAUUAUUACCUUUUUGGUGGCACAGCAAAGAAUUGUAUUGACUUGAAAGUCAUUUUCUGUUGGUAAAAGUCAUUUAACAUACUUACAUUUACAGUAAAUAGUAAAAGAUGGAUAAAUACGCAUAAUACAAGAAGACAGACAAGUCAAACCUGUACAAGUGACAACCACUAUAUAAGGAUUUGUUGGUUUACCGCUUUUGCAUUAGGAAUUCUGCAUAUAGUGGCAGUUUUGCCUGCUUAGUUGCCUUGGCCAGAGCCCUUGUCAUUACCAUACAACAAAUAAAGAAAGAUGUCGUAGAGA